AUGUCUACCAAGUAUCUUGUCCAGCCGUUUUCUGGCAAGGAUGGUGAAGACCUAGAGGAAUUCUGGGCAAAGUUUUUAGUUUUGGCCACUGCCAAGGAAUGGUCCGACGAAGAUGCACGCAUGCAACAUCUACCCUUAUAUUUGCAGGGCGAUGCAUUUCGAGUGUUUUCUCGUAUGGCAGAGAGUGACAAAAGCAAACAAGCAGAGGUCAAGAAAGUUUUAGUGAGUGCGUUCAGUGUGACGCCGUCCAGAGCGUAUGAUUUGUUCAAGCGCCGUUGUUUGCGUGUGGAUGAAAGUGUCGACGCGUAUGUGGCCGAUUUGCAGCGUUAUGCAGCGCUGUCGGGGCACAAACCGGGUGGUACCGCCAGCAAGGAUCCGAUCGUGAUCGAGCAACUGAUCGCUGGCCUACAGCCCGAAUUUGGCCGCCAGCUGAGAAUGUCACUGGCUGGCCAAGAGCUGACGAUACCUGCGUGUCUAGAGCGUGUGCGUGCGCUCAGAGCCAGUGAGACCGAUGCUCGGUACACGAGCAGGUUCAGCCAGAGCGUUUCUGCUAGUGCCAGUACCAGUAGUUACAGUGGAGGUGUACACCGACCAGCUCGCAGUACUGUUGUCUGCUAUAACUGUAACCAGCCUGGGCAUGUCCAGCGUAACUGCCCAGAGUUCAAGAAGAAGCAGAAGCCCCGUUUCAGUGGACCAGUAGUGUGCCACUUUUGUGAUCAGCCUGGUCAUGCAAAGCCAGCGUGCCCUGAGAGAAGGAAGUGGCGAGAAGCCAAGGCAGCAGAACGUGUGGCGGCUGCUGGUACGUCGCAUAGUAGCAGUGACAAGUGCCUGUGUGCAGUGUCCACUGAAGCUGCCCCCUUGCCGAGGAUCUAUGUGGACGUGGAGUCGGCCAAGCCGGAUGACUGGUGCCGUGGAGAGGCCAUGCUGGACACCGGGUCGGCUCGCACGCUAGUGUCGUCUGGCUUUAUACGUGCGGCUAAGAUGUGCAGCCAAGUGUCGGCGGUAAAGCAGGAGAAGCUCCUCGCCCUGGAUGGCGAAGCCCUGCCGAUUUCGGGGUCAAUUUCACUAACGAUUCGUCGCCUGGAUGGACCCGUGAAUUUGCCGCCUACCCGUGUUGUUGCGUUUGUAGUUCCUGAGCUGUCGGUUAUUAAUGCUGACCUGUUGCUGGGAUCUGACCUUGUCCGUGCCAUCGGUGGCGUCAGGUUGCAGUACUCUGAGUCAGGUGAUCUGCGGUCCGUGUUGUUUGGUCCGUCACCCGCCAGUCCUGAGCCUGUGUCGUCUGUCGUUAGUGAUGCUCUGCAGUCGCCGGAUCAGCACCCGUCUCGGCAUGUUAGCGUGGUGCAAGACGGUGAGGACGUGACGCUAUCUGUCGAGGAUGGUCAGAUAAAGUGGCUAGCAGAUGAGCAGUGUUGGCAAGCAGCAUGGAGGUGGAAGGACGACAAGCCACCUACCGGACGCAUCGGCAGCGGCAUUGGGGAGUACCCCCGGAAACUUAGCGAUGAUCAGGAGAAGCUGUUCCAGCAAGAAGUGGACUCCUGGAUCGGUAACGGAUGGCUCAUCGAGCAUGAUGAAGAGGUACACGGAGCUCCUGCUGCAAUUCUGCCAUGGCUUGCAGUCAGCCAGGAGCACAAGCCUACUACACCUGUUAGGCCUUGCCUCGACUACCGUGCGCUGAACCGUGCCCUCGUGUCUCAGCCCGGUAUGGAUGCCUCUGUGUGUGGCGAGAAGUUGCGUGAGUGGCGUACGCACGAUGCCAACGAGUAUGAGAUGUUGGAUAUUCGAAAGGCCUAUCUGCAAGUCCGUAUGUCACCUGAGUUGCUACGGUAUCAGUGCGUGAAAUGGAGGGGAAAGCUGUACGUGAUGACCCGCAUGGCUUUCGGGUUGAGCGUUGCACCGAAGUUCAUGGACGUGAUAGUCAAGUGGUGCACGCGAGAUCAUGAUGGUGUUGACAAUUACGUUGACGAUCUGUACGUCCCGAAACCGCAGACAAAGGCUGUUGCGGAUACCCUCGAGCGCUAUGGCCUGCGCACGAAGCCAGCUGAGCCCGCCAAUUCCGCCCGAGUACUUGGACUUCAGCUGUUCACUGGCCAAGAUGGUCAAACCCGUUGGAAGCGUCGAGACGGAGUGAGUCUCGAGUGUGGCAAGCUGACCAAGCGUGGUGUAUUCUCGUGGUGCGGCCGACUGGUAUCGCACUAUCCCGUGUGCUCGUGGCUGCGACCUGCCUGCAGCUUUCUGAAGCGCCUAGCAUGUCGUGAUGGUGGUGGUUGGGAUGAUGACGUCCCCAAUGAUGUGGUAACCUGUUGUGCCGAACUAGCAAGUCGCGUCCAAGAUGAGGAUCCGGCCACAGGCGUGUGGAAUGCGUCAGUAAACGAGCAGCAGCUCACCGUGUGGUGCGAUGCGUCUGAUGUCGCAUAUGGCAUUGUUGCCGAAGUUGGUGGUGAAGUCAUGGAGGACAAGUCUUGGCUUCGCGAUGCCGACGAGAAGAAGCAUAUCAACAUCGCAGAAUUGGAAGCAGUAAUCCGUGGGUUGUCGACGGCAGUCGAAUGGAACGCCAGCAACAUCCGUCUUGUCACUGAUUCCAAGACCGUGUACGGCUGGGUGAAGUCGUGCCUGAACAAUGAGCGGCGUGUCAAGGUGUCCGGUCUGAACGAAGUGUUGGUUCGCCGACGACUAAACAUCAUCGACGACAUUGUCGCGACCGCGAAGCUGUCCGUCACCAUUGAGUGGGUACCGUCCCAGCAGAACAAGGCUGACAAGCUGACGCGUGUCCCAGAUUUGUUCAUCCGCUGCUGGAAGAAAUCAGCCAAGCCAGAUGUAGUUGCUGCCGUCUCUGCACCCCCGAAGAUUGUGAGUGCUAUUGUGUUACAGGACAUUCUUGAUGCGCAGAAGUCUGAUCCUGUUGUUGUUAGUGUGAUUGAGUCUGUGCGUCAUGGUCGUGAGAUUUCCGACCCGGUAUUUAAGAAAUUGAAGUCUCAGUUGUCUGUAUCUGAUGAUGGUUACUUGUAUCGUAGUGUGAAGGUACCGCCGAAUGAUGUGCGUGUUGUACCAGUUGUGUCUCAGUCAUUGCAGCAGCGAGUGGUGUGUCGUGCCCAUGCUUGGGUCGAGGUGGUCCCAUUGGUUCGCCAUGAUGGUCCGUCUGUAGCAGCUGCGUUUGUGGAUGGAGAUCGCCGCCAGAAGCGAACAGCGCCGUACGAGUCUGGAUGGACAGUUGAUAGUGUGGUGUCUCCGUCAACUGUUGUAAUUGUUCGUGACACUAAUGGUCGACAUUCUGUGAAGACUGUCAAUAUUGAUCUAAUUAAGCCGUCAAGUGUGAGUGUGCCUGAGUAUGAUGAUGCAUGUGCUUCAAGUAGUAGUGAUUCUGAUUCUGAUGUACCAGCCCAACCACUUCAAGUUGGUGGUCAUCGUCUUCGCAACCGUGCUGGUCUCGUUCCUCCUGUUCGUUACCGUAGUUAA